UCUACAUGUACCUGAAGUAGUCAAGGUGCGCUUCCUGCUGUAGCCCCGCCCCCGGCGUCGUCAGGUAUUGUGUGAUGGUUGAAUGUGUUGUGAAACUGCUCUGGCAGGUUUAGCAACAGAUGACCGCAGCUUGCUCUAGUUCUGCUGUCGCCCUUAGCAGGACUCUGAAAUGGACAACUUAAGCAGAGUCGCUAAAGUCACUUAUAAACGAUGGAAAAACCCCGACGAAGGAGAUGAGGCAGCGUUCGCUGGUCGCAGUGAUGAGGUCCAGGGCACUGACAGUGAGAUCUGCACGGUGGCCUCAUCCAGCAUGGACUCGGGAGACGGGCCUGACUCUGUGGGGUCCAACAAAAGGACAACAACAGAAACGGGAACCUUUACUGUAGAUGAGGCUCUAGAGGCCAUUGGAUUUGGAGUAUUUCAGUGGAAAAUCUCGCUCCUCACUGGACUGUCAUGGGUUGGAGACGCCAUGGAGAUGAUGAUCCUUAGCAUCCUUGGUCCAGAGCUGCACUGCGAGUGGAGUCUCCCCAGCUAUCAAGUAGCACUCAUAACUUCGGUGGUGUUUAUUGGGAUGGGGUUUGGUUCACCUGUGUGGGGGAAUGUGUCCGACAAGUAUGGAAGAAAAGUGGGUCUAACAAUAUGCAUGUGCUGGACUUUAUACUAUGGCAUUCUGAGUGCCUUUGCUCCAAUCUAUGGCUGGCUUUUGGCCCUGCGGGGCUUUGUCGGCUUAGGGAUCGGAGGAGCUCCUCAGUCGGUGACUCUGUACUCAGAAUUUCUUCCAGUGAAGGCGAGAGGGAUCUGCAUCGUACUGAUUGGGGCUUUCUGGGCAGUUGGUGCAGUGUUUGAGGUCCUGCUGGCUUUGUGGGUCAUGCCAACACUAGGCUGGAGGUGGCUGCUGGGCUUGUCCGCCCUACCAAUGGCUCUCUUUGUCUGUUUCUGUUUUUGGCUGCCUGAGAGCCCCCGUUUUGAUGUGCUGGCGGGAAGUAGAGAAAAAGCCAUGGCAACGUUGGCACGCAUCGCCAAAGACAACGGCAAGCCUAUGCCUCAAGGGACGCUGACGGUUUAUAAGCAGACUAACCGAGGACAACUUAAAGACCUCUUCUCUCCUCAAUACUGGAAGACAACUCUUCUUCUGUGGUUUUUGUGGUUUGCGAACGCCUUCUCCUACUAUGGGAUCGUCCUUCUGACUACAGAGUUGUUUCAAGCCGGGGAUUUAUGUGCAGUAACCCAGGGGGCCAAGAUUGAGCCAAGGUGCAGCCUCGAAUGUAAAUAUUUGACGACCGCUGAUUAUAAAGACCUUUUAUGGACCACCUUGGCUGAAUUUCCAGGUCUUUUAGUCAUCCUCCUGGCGAUUGAUUACAUGGGCCGGAAGAAAAGCAUGGCCCUUUGUUUCUUCAUGUUUUCUCUGUGCGUCCUACCAUUAUUUGCCUGCAUUGGGAGGAUAGCCCUUACGAUCUUCAUCUUCAUCUCCAGAGCCUUCAUUUCUGGAGGAUAUCAAGUUGUAUUUGUUUACACACCAGAAGUAUACCCGACGGAAACCAGGGCUUUAGCCAUGGGGACUUCCAGCGCCAUUGCCAGGAUCGGUGCCUUGAUCACACCCUUUGUGGCUCAGGUUUUGCUGAGGUCAUCAGUUUACGUCACCCUAUCUGUGUACUGUGCCUGCGGUCUCGUGGCUGGCAUCGCCUCCUUGUUGUUACCCAUUGAAACGUUAGGUAGGGGUCUACAGGAAUCCAAUCUUGACCAGGAGGUCGAGCGUCAAGGCACAGCCACACCCAGCCAGUCCUACGGAACAACGCAGAACACAGAGCAGGGAUGAGAUGGCCCAACGUGGAAGGAAAAGAUUUGUUUGUUGUUGUUUCCUGACAUCCUGCGGAUGAACCAUUUGCUCAUUUAACGAGCUAAGCCAUUUGAAUUAUGAAGAGUGAAUAGCUCAUUAGAGCGGGAAUUGAACUGCCAGUCUGCUGUCCAAGUCUAAUAAGAGUGGAGGCAGUUUCCAGUCCUGAGCUGCUUUUGUUUACACUUUUGGUCAUCAACUGCAACAAAAAUGCAUUUUUGGAGGAAGAUAUUGCACAUUAGGUUCAACUUUCAAUAUUUUAAGACAUUCUUGCAAAAUCUAGAGGACACUGUUGAUCACUUUGAGAUCUAAUGGUAUACUGUCACUUUUUUCUGUCUGGAUUGUAUGGAACUGUACAGCUGUGCUGCCCUGAAAUACUUUACUUUCCACAAAUAACUUUACAACAUAUUUAAAUAGAAACUUGAAUGGGUUUAUUUAGAUUGAAAGUAUGACUAUUAUAGGAUUUAUUUAUUCAAAGUGGGGAUUUGCCCAACUAUUGCUUGUUUUGUUGUGCAACGAUAAGCCACAACUAUUCCAUUUUAUGUCAUCAAUGGAGUUUUGUAUUCAUCAUGAAGGUCAAACACACUACUGAAAGAUUAUUUGGAAGAUUUUUUUGAUGAAAUAAUGUAAUAUUUUCAGAUUAUUGUGUUCGAUUUAAGUCAACCAUUGAGACAGAGGUCAGGCUUUCCUCUGAUAUGUGAUGGAUUAUAUUGGUCUAUUAGUUUAAUUAAAGUG